CAGAAGUAGACAAGUCAGUGUGCCCGGGGGGCCAGCUGAGUGACCUUGCAGUGUUUGUAAACAGACACACGUUGUCGCGGCCAUAAGUCUCAAGUGAAUUUUCAUAAGAACAUUUAUAAAUUUCAUUCUUCGUGAGUUCUCGCGAGUCAUUAGUGUAACGAGGAUUUAUUAAAGUAAAGUACGUUUUGAGAAAAAGUGUAGAAGAAAAAAGAAUAAUCAUGGAGGUGGAACACAUGUGUAUCGUCGAAAAUGAGAUGGAGGGCUCUCGCGGCGACCGGAAAGAGGGGGGCAAGCGAGGACGCAAGCCCGGAAGGAAGGCGUCCGACAAGGCGGACAUGAGGGCCAAGCUCGAACGGAGUCGUCAGAGUGCGAGGGAGUGUCGCGCCAGGAAGAAACUCCGAUAUCAGUACCUGGAAGAACUCGUGGCCGAUCGUGAGAAAGCUGUCCUCGCCCUACGGAAGGAGCUCGAUAUGUACCGUUCGUGGGGUAUGGAGUUGGACAAUGGUCGUAUACCUGAGGGUAUCCAAGCGAUGCUGGAGGAGCUCGGGACCCUGAAAGUCGAGAAAAACAACAACUGACCAACGAGGACGGGCGCAACCAGCCUUGCAAAGAGAAAACGGACGAAAGAAAACACGGAGGCGAGCGAGAAAAGAGUUUGCGCGAAUUGAUAAAAAUUUUGAUAUAUAUACAGAUAUAUUCAUAUAUAUAUAUAUAUAUAUACAUAUAUAUUGUUGGGAACAGAAGUUUUUGCUGGCGCUAAUUUUUUAAGAGUUUUACGAAUGCCCACGAGUUUUUUCUUUUCCUUGUAUAUUCAUCUUAGGUUUCAAUCUGUAGCAGUUUCCCGUAUACAUUCGUAUUAGAAUUUUUAACUGUGAAAUAUUUUUUCAAUAUUUAUUUUUUCGUUUCUACGCUAAUAUUCAACAACUUUUAAACUUUCGUUGAUUUGAUUUUCUCCUUCUGUUCAAUAUUCACUUCCACUUUCAAGACGAGUUAUAUUCCUUCUAUUUCCGAGCGAUGUGCUGAAUUCGCUCGGAUUUUGUUUCAAAGUUUUUUGUCGAUCGUGUUUAUUCAUUUCUAGACGAUUCCUUUGCAUUUUAUUUUAACGGUAACUCUUUUCUUAUUCUCGAAUUUCAAUGCGAAUUUUAUUUCAAUUUCACUCUUAUCCCAUCGUACUUUUCAUUUUAUUCAAUAAUUUUCUUUUCCCAUUCAAUCUCUUGCUGGCUUGCCGGCUUAUUUUUUUCUGUAUAGAAUGUCGAAAGAAAUAUGAUAAUCCUUUAAUUCCGAGAAAAAUAACCAAGAUCUCCGUUGCAUAUCACACGAUUUAUUAUUAUUACUAUUGAUUCUUAUUAAUAUUAUUUUUAUCAAGUUACUGUAAUUGUUAGUUUUUUUACCUUAUCUUUUAGUUCACAUUUACGCUUUCCAUGUAAAUACAGUUUUAAUGAGUGUGCGCAGUAAGAGUAUUUACGAUAGAGCAGAAUCGAAAAAAAUGGGGGAAAAAACACAAAAACAGAGAUGUAUUUAAAGAAAAAUGACCGAAAAUGUUAUCCUUGUUUUGACGUUGGGUAGAAAUGAAAACAGGAGUAAAAAAAAAACAAAACAGAGCAAGAAAAAUGUACCUGAAUCUUCCAAGCCUCCGAACCGGAAGACCAAAUUCGACAGGAACGUCGAAUAAUUUUUUUUCUUUUUUUUUUUUUUUGUAAUCCGUAAACAUACGUGUAUUUUUUUCAUCGAAAAACAGAAAUAAUCGAGCAUUGUAUAUUGGUAGAAUAAAGUCAUUUAGUUGA